CGGCGUGCGGCCCGAGCUGUUUCUCUAUCUGCUUGUGCACAAUGUACUGCAAUGCACGCGACAGCGAAGUAGAAUAGAUAUUGAAAUCAUGCUCGAUAGAUCUUGAACGAAUCGAACUUGUCUGCUGUAAACGGAAAACGUAACAAAAUUUACAACAAUUGCAGCUUUCGAAAUUGUCACGCUUGCGGUUUGCACCUUUAACUUUUUUUGGAGCUGCAGGCAAAGGACGUAAAAUUAUCAAAUCAAGAUUAACAUUAAUCCGCAUUAGCAGCAGUGCCGAUAACCGAGAUUAAUCUACAUACAUACACCUUGUGUAGAAAUGAACAUUAGAAUGGCAACAAAAAACCUACAGUCGGGCCGCCGGUGGCAACGGCAACAGCAAUGGUGGCCGGUGAACUUGGCGCACGUAAACGUCAACAAGGGUACGCGAUGGUCUAGGGGUGCAGAAAUGACGGCGCGCGAAGCGAGUCUCUCGCGAAUUAUCGUCGCGCUGCUUCUGUGCGCGCGAGGCGUGCAGGUUUGCGCGGCGGUCGCGGCCGAGGUCGAUCUCGACGUGGAAGGGAACGGAUUCCACAGAGCCCUGAUCUAUCGCGUACGCUUCAGGAAUCUGACGCAGGACGGCUGUCGAGCUGCCAUUUACAUGGAAUUGCCGUCGGCGUUGUACGUCAACACCGACGAAAUUGCAGAAAUGAGAAGACGGGGCACGAAUAUGGUGUGUUCCGUCGGUGAGACCGACGUCGAGUUAUUCGCAGAGAAGGCCGGUCGGCAGAAUGUGACGACCUGCGCACCCGUCAGCUCGUCGUCCUCCAGUUUGACGAUUCCUGUUCACCAACGGUACCGAUACGCGCGCGACACCGGCGAUUACGUCAACGUGACUCUGCCCCAGCCGAGACUGCUGCUGGGAUGCCGGGCGAGGGUCAGGGACCACCGGGUGUCCAAGAUAGACCUGUGCGAGCCGUGUGUCGACCUAGUGGCAAAGUGGCGUGAAAUUCCGUACCGCAUGUCGAGGAAUUGCGACUACGUUUGGCCGAUACCGGUCGGCGACUCGUCCCUGUCGCUCUUCGUCACUUGCGCCACGUUACUGACGACGAUUGUCGGCGCGAUAUUCAUCGGGCGCGCCAUUCGGACCAACGCGUCGCAAAGUCACCCGAAAGAAGACUGAGAUAGCUAAAAUUAAAAUGCAGUUUUGUAUUAAAUUUUUAUUCAUACACAUUGAUACAAUUAUCGAGUUUUUAUUGACAUCUUAAACAGAUUUGAUAUAUCGAGUUUUCUUGUACGAGACAUACGAUUAAGCAAACGCCAGUCUUUCUAUUUAAAUAAGAUUAGACUAAACAUUUUUAUUUUAUUUAAAAUGUGAAUUUAAAUUAGGCUACAUUCCAAGCUCUUUAACGCGAAUUACGAUAUUUCCGCGACUGCAGAGUUCCGAAUUAACAUUAGGACGGAAUUAGUUUCGCCGCUUGCAUUCUUGAGCAAUAAAUUAAGAGGAGACGAUUCCGGCACGUCCUAUGUACACAUGCGACUUGCAUUUUAUACAUAAUAUAUAUGUCCGAGCGAUAUUUACACGCAACUUCUAGUCCAGACGUUUUAACAUGUAUUUAACAUGUUUUUAUAUAUUUCUGAAUGACUUGGACGAUGUUCUGAGUCAUUCAGAAGUCACCACGCGAAUCACACAUCUACACAGAUAGACGUGUAAUUUGACAAAUAAAAUAUAAAAAGAGAAGACAAGCAUUGUCGCGCAA